AGCCAGCGGUACUCAGCCCCUUCUGGAAGGUUCCACUCCAGCCUCUCCUCUGCAGUAGCACCUUUUGUGAUCUGGAGGCAGAAAACAAGGAAGGAUUUGUGGUCUGAGGGCACCCGAGGAGCCGCCAGUGCUGUUGGAAAGGCUGUGACUCAGAGAAGUUUGUGCUGCAGCAGAAACGAGAUAGGCUGCUGUCCCCUUCCUGCUUCCUCUGGAAAACUGUGGAGCCAACCCAAGAGGAAGAAAGAAGAAUGUCCCAAAAACAGCUGAAGGAAGCCUUUAUCAGCAACCUGAAUGGAACUAGUUUGCUGGAAAUUUCCGUGGGCUUGUCCCUGCCUCCCCUGUGCCUGCUCUGCAGAGGGCUCCUCCUGAUUCUGUACCACCUGCACUAUGGAAAACCUGUAAGUUCAAGGAAAUACAGCCUGCUGCUGGACUUCCUGGUGCUGGUAUCUCCUCUGCUCUUCUCCUGCACGGUCUUGUCUCCAGUCCUCUUUUUCGUGCCGGUUGUCCUCGCCGCCUUCUGCGCCGGAAUAUUUUCCAAAAUAUGCAGCCAGAGAAAACAGGAGAGCAGAGUGCCCUUUGGGCAGAUUGUAAAAGAGUUCCAGCAGACGUACCUGGAUCCCGAAUACAUUCCAGCAAUAACCGUGUUCCGUGUCUAUGUCAAUGUGCUGACAACCAUCAGCAUCUUGGCCGUGGAUUUCCCGCAGUAUCCCCGGCGAUACGCCAAAGCCGAGACCUACGGCACGGGAGUUAUGGAUCUGGGGGUCGGAGCCUUCAUCUUUGGCAACGCUCUCGUUUGUCCUGAGGUUCGACAGAAGUCUCAUGUGGCACAGCCCAAGUUUUCCAACCUGGCCAGGCAGCUCUUUUCCGUUUGGCCCUUGGUUUCCCUCGGCGUGGGGCGACUGCUGAGCGUUAAAUCCAUGGAUUACCACGAACACACGUCCGAGUACGGAGUGCACUGGAAUUUCUUCUUCACCUUGGCUUCCGUGAGACUUGCAGCAUCUCUACUUUUAGCCAUAUUUCCUAAAAAUAAGUCUUGGAUCGUGGCUCUGACUCUGGCUGCACUUCAUCAGCUCAUUCUCAACACUACCUCUCUGAAGACGUUUCUCCUGCACGGGAGCAGCGGCAGGGACAGCAGGGUUGGAUUUCUGGAUGCCAACAGGGAGGGGCUGGUCUCUCUCGUUGGGUAUCUGGCCACUUACCUGGCGAGUGUCCAGGUGGGGCUGUGGCUGCUGCAGUGCAGGAGCUCAGUGAAGGGCUGGCUGGGGGCACUGCGGGCCCUGGCCCUGGCAGUCGUGGUGCUGUUCGUGUCCCUCCACGUGUCCCAGGCGCACACGGACCCCGUGUCCCGCCGGAUGGCCAACCUCUCCUUCUGCCUGUGGGUCGUCGCCCACUCCCUGAUGUUAUUUAUCUUCUUUGUAGCCACUGAUCUCACCUUGGUGCUCACAAAGCUGCUGGUGAAGGGCUCCAGCGUGCCCUGCAGCUGGAGCCUUGCGAAGCCCCCUAAUUCCAACAAAAAGCUCGGAACAGCGGGAAGGGAAGAGGAGCUGCCCCAGCCCUGCCUGAUCAGUGCUAUUAACAAAAACCAGCUGCUGUUCUUCUUGCUGGCAAACGUCAUGACCGGUGCUGUGAAUAUCCUGGUAGAUACAAUCCACAGCAAGGCUGCCUUUGCACUAUGCAUAUUGCACUUGUACAUGUUUGUUAACUGUUUAAUUAUGUCUAUAUUGCACGCCAAAAAUAUAGUAUUAAAGUUUUGGUGAUUUCCACUCUGAGUGGAUUAGUUGGA